ACGCCGAUUUCGGCGCCUCCUUUCGUGCUUUCGGUGCGUUGAUCGCUCCCCUUCUCCGAUUUUCUGCAGUCUUCACUCGUGCAUUCGGCGCUUGUGGGUCUACGUGUGUCUUGCCCCGGCUCCUUGGUUAUCGUUGGCGCAACUCGUCGGCAGCAAGUUUCCCAAGUUACGACAAGCGGCGAGCCAUGACCGGAGGCGCUCAAGACAUGGCCCAGUACCGAGUCAUCGGGGUCAUGAGUGGCAGCUCUCUCGACGGCCUGGACAUCAUUUACGCGGUCUUCAACGUACAGCCCGACAACACGUGGAAGUUCAGCAUUGAGCACACGCAGUGUCAGCCUUACAAGACGUACUGGCUCGACAAGCUGAGGCACGUCGCCGCCAUGAACGCGCUCGAGUACCAACUGGUCCACACAGAGUAUGGCCGCGCCCUGGGCGACCACGUCAACAACUUCAUACGCGAGAAAAAACUGACUAACAAGAUCGAUCUCGUGGCAUGCCACGGCCACACCGUCUUUCAUCUUCCAAUGCAGAUGACCACCACACAGCUGGGAGACGGUGCGACCGUUGCAGCUGUUACCGGUCUUCCGACAGUCAGCGACUUCCGUUCCGUAGACGUUGCACUGAUGGGUCAGGGCUCGCCCUUCUCCAUAGCUGCGGAGCGCAGGCUCUUUGGCACAGAGUACCAGUUCUUCCUCAACAUCGGUGGGAUGGCUUGCCUCACCUACGUCGGCAAAGGGAACGAUGACAGCUUCGCUGCAGACGUAUGCCCUGCAAAUCAACUGCUCAACCUCCUAGCCCAACGGGAAUCCAAGAACUAUGACAACGAGGGUGAGAUGGCAUCUUCGGGGUCCAUCAACUGUCGUCUGCUUCAGGACCUGGAUGGUUUUGACUACUACAAGGCCUCGUUUCCGAAGUCGUUGGGCGUAGACUUUGGACCCGAGAUCCUGUAUCCCCUCAUCCGGGCCCGGGACCUGACCACGUGCGAUGCCCUGAGGACGUUCACUGAACACAUCUGCAACCAGGUGGCUACGAUUGUGGAGCUGGUCAAGGAGCGUGUUGGCAGAGACAACUGGCCCAAGGAAUGCAAGAUGCUCGUCACGGGCGGCGGCGCCCGCAACACCUUCCUUGUCCAGCGUCUGUCUGAAGCCCUCAAGGCUCACGGCAUCCUGGUGGUCGUACCCACGGAUGAGCUGGUCAAGUUCAAGGAGGCCCUCAUGACUGCUGCCCUCGCAGUGCUCAGGGUCAGGGGAGAGGCAAACUUCUUCAGCAUGGUUUCCGGGUCGCAGCGUGAUUCUGUAGGAGGUGCCCUCUGGUGCGGGAAGGUCUGACAGAUCCGAGCAGUCACACGGUUGUUUCUUCGCGAGAAGCCACUUGCUCGAAUGUUUGGUCUUCAGCGAUGCUUUUCCCGUAUGAACAAUGCUCCAACCUGCCAGUGGGGUAGGAAGUGGUUUCACUGUUGCCUUCCUCUUCCGGUGCUUGCUUGCAUGUGUAGCGGAAGAGCAGUUACAUCUGAGUAUGUAGAACACUAAUAUCAGCCAAAUGAACCAGUUUUUCUGCCGAUGAACUAUGCGCUUGUGGCCUUUUCAUAGCGUGCUGCCUUUUUUCGUGCCUUCUCUUUGAGGGGGAGCUUUCCGAUCGAAGUUGGCUGUGCGGUAUGCCAGACAAGAAUGUGCAUGCUGGCACUGAGCCUGCCAGUGUAUGGUAAAGUUUUGCGAAGAAACAAGAGAAUCUGCAAUAUUUUUGUAAUGCCCAAGUCUAUAUACUCCCUUUAGUGCUUUGGGAAUGUAUUGUACACAUUACUUUUUGAUAGUAAAAACAGUUUUCUAAAAAUGUA